CGUGGCUUCCGGGUUGUGGCGCGGCGCGAUGACGCAAGCGGGAGUGACGUCACCACAAGGCAAAAACAAUAGAAGACAGCUGAGGAUCUUCCCCACAAGAACGUGUCGGUGCUUGAGAAAGUUCUGUACAGAAUUAAAAGGAAGUAUUAAAAUGCAAUAAAUAUAUGCAAGUGUAUCAUGUCGUCCCUUGGUAAUCUUGAGAGCUCUUCGGAGCUCUCUGGUGAAGAAUGUGUCAGUUUUUGUUUAUCCAGCAUGCCUGAUAUCAAAGUGGAGCAUGUGAUGGAUGCAAACCCUGAAGAAGGAACAGCUCAGGGCGUUGCGAUGGGAAUGAAAUUCAUCUUGCCCAACCGAUUUGACAUGAAUGUCUGCUCUCGAUUUGUUAAGUCCUUGAAUGAAGAAGAUAGCAAAAAUAUUCAAGAUCAAGUGAACUCUGAUUUAGAAGUAGCAUCCGUCCUAUUUAAAGCUGAAUGCAACAUCCACACAUCUCCUUCACCUGGGAUUCAAGUCAGACAUGUUUACACACCGUCCACAACCAAACAUUUUUCUCCAAUCAAACAAUCAACCACUCUGACAAACAAACACAGAGGCAAUGAGGUAUCCACUACACCCCUACUGGUAAACUCACUUUCAGUCCAUCAGCUGGCAGCCCAAGGGGAAAUGGUUUACUUAGCAAGUCGUCUGGAACAAGAAAACGUGAUUAACCUCACUGAUGAAGAAGGUUUCACUCCACUCAUGUGGGCCGCAGCCCAUGGACAGAUAGCCGUCGUAGAGUUCCUCCUUCAAAAUGGUGCAGACCCCCAGGUACUUGGAAAGGGUCGGGAAAGUGCUCUCUCCUUGGCGUGCAGCAAGGGCUAUACAGAUAUAGUGAAAAUGCUGGUGGAGUGCGGUGUGGAUGUCAAUGAAUAUGACUGGAAUGGAGGCACACCACUUCUUUAUGCCGUUCAUGGAAACCAUGUGAAAUGCGUCAAAAUCCUCCUAGAAAAUGGUGCAGAUCCAACCAUUGAGACUGACUCUGGAUACAAUUCUAUGGACUUGUCCGUAGCUCUUGGCCACAGAAGUGUUCAGCAAGUGAUUGAGACUCAUCUGUUGCAGCUUCUUCAGAGUAUCAAAGAAUAACUGACUUUUAUACAUUUCAAAAACUAUGAUGGUACAGUUUGUGUUGUACAGUGUCACAUUUGUGAGCACAUUUUUCUACUUAACACAAUACCCAAAAUAGUCCCAUUUUCGCAGGUUGUUCUUCAUCAAAAAGGUACAAACAGUUCCAAAUUCCUGUCUGUGAUCGGUUUCUAGUUUGUCAUAGAAAAUUGUGACUGUGAUUUAAAGGCUAUAUGUGGACUAUAACUCCGACAGAUGUACAUUGACCACCAGUUACACUGCCUGAAUGUUCCAUUUAAUGUGGAUUGUACUGUGUAGAGAUCAGUGAUCAAAGAUACACAUAUAUAUAUAAGCAGACAAUGUUAUUUCAUACAUUGUUUUACAUUUUUGUGUUUUCAUUUGGUUUAUUCACUAAAUGGUUAGCUGUCUUGCAAAUUGCAAAAAUUUAGACCAAAGUCACGUGAAAAAAAAAGUUGGCA